GAGGGCAAAAUACAGAAGAAGAAGAAGGAGGAGGAGGAGGAGGAGGAGGAGGAGGAGGAGGAGGAGAAGGAGAAGAAGGAGAAGAAGAAGAAGAAGAAGAAGAAGAAGAAGAAGAAGAAGAAGAAGAAGAAGAAGGAGGAGGUUUCUGGGGAUGGUGGAGACUAG